CGCUCUCUUAUAAUGGCGCCGCCUAAACGCGCAGUCUUUUCCCUCAACGUUGAUUCCAACGCCGAACAUCUCUACGAACGCAUCAAACACCAGAAUCAAGACGGAAAGAAUACAUUGAAAGUCGUAGAGAGAGCAGAGCCUACAAGUGGGAAUACGAAGGUCGAGAUUCUGACUAGGCCGUUCGAGCGCACUGUUGAGAGGACUGUUGGACGGGUUCUUAACGGGAGGGUUGUUCGAGAGACUGAGACUUCUGGGAACAAGCGUAAGAAGAGGGAUAUAGAAAAGGAGUACGAUACGAGCGAGCUGUAAACACCACCUCCACAUCCAUUUGCCAUCUCAGCUUCUCGAUUUACCCCGCAGACUAUAGAAAUGGCAGCGGACGGCCCCCCCGGUCAAAAACCCUUCCGCAUUGCCAUCGGGUGCGACGACGCCGGCGUCUCGUACAAAAAGGCCAUUAUCAAAGACCUUGAAGCGGACCCCAGGGUGGACACAAUCAGUGACGUCGGGGUUCCCGAAACCCACGACAAGACAGCCUACCCGCACAUCGCCGUCGACGCUGCACAGCUUAUUGCAGCCGGGAAGUGCGACCGCGCUAUCUUAAUCUGUGGGACGGGUAUGGGUGUUGCAAUCUCCGCGAAUAAGGUGCCCGGGAUUAGGGCUGUCACAGCGCAUGAUAGUUUCUCCGUGGAGAGGGCAAUUAUGAGUAAUGAUGCCCAGGUGCUGUGUAUGGGAGAGAGAGUGAUUGGAAUCGAACUUGCGAGGCGAUUGGCGAAGGAAUGGUUGGGUUAUAGGUUUGAUCCGAAGAGUGCGAGUGCGGCGAAAGUACAAGCGAUUAUGGAACACGAGGAGAAGAAUUAUAAGGCUUUGAAUGGGAGUCAGGGGGCCGCGUGUUAGGUCUGAGCGAGCAUUCUGUAACUUUUGGAUGGCGGGUUGAGAUUGAAAGUAACACAUAUUGAUUGGUGUAAGGGAGAUAAAGCAGAACAGCA